AUGGCUUUAAAUAAUCAUUCUCAAGUAUCUAUAGUUGAACCAUUACGUUUUCAUGAAGUACAUGGUGAUCAAAUACGGUUAAGUGAGAAUAAUACUCGUGCAACUCGUGAUAGACUAAACAAUACUUUAUUAUUUACAAAUCGACCAAUAUUAUCACAUGAAAUAGUACAAUUCUAUGUUGAAGAAUUAUCAAAUGAUUUUUAUGGACUUAUACGUAUUGGUUUAACAACAAUUAAUCCAGAUGUAUUCACACGAGAAACAUUACCAAAAUCAAUGCCACAAAAUGAUAAUCGUGAUUGGUUUGUACCAGCACCACGUGGUGUACCAAUUAUUAAAAAAAACAAAACUAUUCGUCUAAAAUAUACAGCUGAAGGCGAGAUAUAUAUUGAUUAUGAUAAUACAGAUUUUGCUAAAUAUUUAACUGUUUCUCCUAUAACAAAAGAUAUAUGGUGUGCACUUGAUUUAAAUGGAAUGGUUUCUCAAAUACGUCUUGUUCAAACAGAAGCACGUGUUCUACCAAAUCCUGUUGAUCGAGCAAGAGAACGUUAUAUGCAAUAUACAAAUCAUCGUCAACAAGAAAAUUCCUCAAUUUAUUAUAGCGGUGAAUUAUUACCUGGUUUUGUUACAAUGAAAAAUUGUGAUGAAAAUUGUGAAAUAUCAAAUAAUAUAGCUGUAAGAAAAUCUUCAUCAUCAUCAAUAACUAUUGAUGAAAAUCUUAAACGUUGUAUGUAUAUUGUUAUGCAAAUACUUGAUAUGGAUCAUACAUUAACAAAUUAUUUAACAAUACGGUGUUUAACUGAUGGAAAAUCAUCGAAUGAACAUACGAAAUUAAUUGAUACAACAUUUGAUCAUUUAACAUUAGGUGAUGAAAUUGGUAUACGGAUAUUACCGGAUGGACAUAUUACAUUUUCAUGUGAUAAUCGUAAUGUUAAACCAUUGUUUCAUAUUGAUCUUACUGUUAAUGAUAAUCCACAAGUACAACAAACAUCAUAUCAUUUAGAAUUUAUUAUGAAUGGACGUGUAACUAGUCUUCGAUUAGUUGGACUUUAUCGACCAACAGAUAUCGAAGCACGAACUCUUCCACCAGCUAUUGGUGGUGGUUGUCAAGCAACUGUUUUAAAUCGAGUAUGUCCAAAUGGUUUAUCAGGUCUUCUAUUACCAUGUAGACAUUUAUGUGUUUGCUUUGAAUGUGGUCAAGCUCUUAUUGAUAGACAUUCAUGUCCAAAUGUCAAAUGUCGUAAAAUGGUUAAAGGUUGUAUAAAAGUAUAUAAAGACUAA